GCUCUGAGGCGGGGGGCGGCGGCGGCGGCGGCGCGGGGGCAAGAUGGCGGCGGUGGUGGAGGUGGAGGUUGGGGGCCCCCUGGACCACGAGGCGGAGGAGGUGGACUUAUCCCACUUGGCUCCAGAGGAGAGAUGGAGGGUCGAGCACGCGCGGAUGCACGCCAAGCACCGGGGCCAUGAGGCCAUGCACGCCGAGAUGGUCCUCAUCCUGAUCGCCACCCUGGUGGUCGCCCAGCUCCUCUUGGUCCAGUGGAAGCAGAGGCACCCACGCUCCUACAACAUGGUCACCCUUUUCCAGAUGUGGGUCGUCCCCCUCUACUUCACAGUCAAGCUGCACUGGUGGCGGUUCCUGGUCAUCUGGGUCUUCUUUUCAGCCGUCACUGCCUUCGUCACGUUCAGAGCAACGCGCAAGCCUCUGGUGCAGACGACUCCCAGGUUGGUUUACAAGUGGUUUCUGCUAAUAUACAAGAUCAGCUACGCCACUGGGAUUGUUGGGUAUAUGGCUGUCAUGUUCACAUUAUUUGGACUUAACUUAUUAUUCAGAAUCAAGCCAGAAGAUGGGAUGGACUUUGGGAUUUCCCUCCUGUUCUACGGCCUCUAUUACGGUGUACUCGAGCGGGACUUUGCCGAAAUGUGUGCCGACUACAUGGCGUCCACGAUUGGGUUUUACAGUGCAUCAGGCAUGCCAACGAAACACCUCUCGGACAGCGUCUGUGCCGUGUGCGGCCAACAGAUCUUUGUUGACGUCAAUGAAGAAGGGAUCAUCGAGAACACAUACAGACUGUCUUGCAAUCAUGUCUUCCACGAGUUCUGCAUCCGCGGCUGGUGCAUCGUUGGGAAGAAGCAGACCUGCCCCUACUGCAAGGAGAAGGUCGACCUGAAGCGCAUGUUCAGCAACCCGUAUCCUUCACCGGCCGGCGUGGCCAGACCUUCGAGGACGGGUAGAAUCAAGCGGAGCUCUUGGCUUCCUGCCGAUGAACCCCGGAUUCACACUUCAGUCUCCGGGCCCGCCUCCUCCGUCUCAGCAGUGCUUAGCCAGGCAAAAAGCCCAGCCGGUGCUGCCUGGUUCUCAGAGUUUAACUUCCGGGACAAAACUCCUCGUCCCUGGGCCUUCUGCACUAACACCACAGUCGAGCAGCUGUCCUCUGUGCAUGCUCGACUGAACUACGGCAAAUUCGCCUUUGAAGACAUCUUGGAAGCACCAGCUAGUACAUGA